AUGCGACUCAUUUUUGCCACUUUCAUGGUUCUGCUGCUUGUCGAAAAACACGAAGCUCAGACUUAUGAAAAUCACGGCAAUCAUGGUGCCAAUAAUGGUUCCACAUUGUCGGCCGAUGAAGAACGUUUGAUUGGACUGUAUGCGAGAGCAUAUCAGGAAUUCCUUGAACUCCUUGAUGGAAAACGCAACCUAGGAGAAGCUCGUGAAAUCGCGACCCUAAUCGCAGAGAUAAACAAUGGAACCGAUUCUGGAUCUUGGGACAUUUCAAAUCUAGGAGCAUUCGAAGCACUAUUCGCUACUCCGAAAGUCAUCGUGGAUAGUAGUAGUUCAUCCAAUAAUGAUUCUACUUCCACGGAACCCAACACUGAGCUUGAUCUAGCAGACUGA